AUGGUUUCCGACGAUCUUAUCUAUGGAUUUGUUGCUGUCGCAUCUGUGGGUGCAGGGUGUAUAUUCAGAGAUGUCUUGAGAGAUUGUACGUCAAGACGAUGGCUGGCCACAAUCCUGGGACUUACUCUUCUCUGGCUGAUCUGCGGAUACCACAUGAUCCACCUGUUAAUUACCGUUACAGGAAACUGCUUGUUGCUGAGAGUCAUUGCACCAACACAAGAUGAAAGAUAUUUACCUGGCGCAAGUUUUAUAUGGAACUUUGGGUACCUGGCUGUGUUCCGAACUGUUCACUGGUUUGGUAUUCCAGCCCCAUCACCUGUUACAAAUGCGGCCCAGUUAUUUUUAGCUCUAAGGAUGGUUGGUUUAGCUUUUGAGAUUCAAGACAGCUAUUUAAGAAAAGUGGCCAGCUCUGACAAAGACAGUUUGGGGAGCAAAGAUGUUGAUCUGAAGAUAAAAUACUGCAACAUAAAUGUCAACAGUCUGGCUGUGGUCCAUUACGCUUUCUGUUAUAUAGGACUACUGACAGGUCCAUACUACAAGUAUCGUACAUAUGAAGACUGGCUGAAGCUGUCAGACAAAGUGAACCUGAAUCGACUGCAGCCUCUCAUCAAGCGAGGGAAGGAGCUGCCAUUUAUAGCUGUCAGCUAUUUAUUCUUUUCAUAUUUCUUUAACAUUAAGGAUGUUGAAACUGAGGAAUUUCUGGACAGAUCCUUCCUGUACCGUCUGCUCUACAUGGUGCCCAUGUUUAUCAUCUUUCGAACCCGCUUGUACAUGGCCUGGAUCAUGUCUGAGUGUAUGUGUUUCACUGCGGGACUAGGGGCCUAUCCCGACAAGUCCAGCCCCAGGUGUGGAGAGGGGCCCACUGACUACAAGCAGCUAGAUAUUGAAGAACGCAACAAUAAAACCAUCGACUACAAUUUUGAGACUAUCCACAAUAUUGAUAUUUAUGGAUGCGAACUUGCUCCCACGACCAAACAGGGGCUGCGGAGUUGGAACAUGACAGUCCAGUACUGGCUUGCAAAUUACAUUCACCGUAGAGUUCCUCCAAGUCUGAAGGCAUACAGGGUAGCUAUCACAAUGACCGUGAGUGCCUUUUGGCAUGGCAUCCACCCAGGGUACUACCUCAGUUUCCUAACUGUUCCCCCAAUCCUCAUGGCAGAAGAGGUGAUGAUCAAAGCCUUCAGGGACGGGGCCUCACCUCACAUGCAGCAGCUGUUCGACUGGGGAUGCUGGUUUUUCAAGAUGCGGGGCUUUGAUUAUAUGUGUAUGGGCUUUUUGCUUCUGAAGCUGGGUUCUACUCUACGAUACUGGUAUUCCAUUUAUUUCGCAGGUCAUAUUGUCAUUGUUCUAUUUUUCAUCUUGGGAAAACUAGUCCUGGUUCUCAGACCUCGGAAACAUCAGAAGAUGAAAGAUUGA